AUGUACUCUUUGAGGUCAGCUUGUUUGCUGUUUCCACUCUUCUUGUCGGCUUUGGCGAAGCCAGCUGCAAGUGUCUCUUCAGUAGAGACCCGCGGCUUUUCAGACUUGAUAUCAAAUCUGGAGAGCAGCUUGCAGGCCGUCGGCUACUUAGCGCAAGGUAUCACACAAGAUGUAACUCUGCUAGUAUCUGCACUGCGCGAUGUCCAAGACGGCAAGAUCGAUCCUGUUACAACCCUCGAAGAAGCUCUGGGCUCUCUUGGAAACGUACGCAACGCAAAUGAUGUUGGUCUCAUCGGAGUCGCCAUCGAUGUCGUUACCAAUGGACUGGCCCCGAAGAAUAUUCUCGAUCUCGUGAAAGGUCUGACAAACGCGCCUUUGAAUUCAAUGGACAACGACAACUCCGAGGAACCGUCAAGCCCUAUAUUCCCCAAAAAGGCUUCCGACGAUGCGCCGUACAGUCUGAGCGAAGAAGAGCUCCGCUCAACAAUCUACAUCCCCGACGAAUUCCAAUAUGGCGCUAACGGCAAACGACCUGUCCUUCUCAUCCCUGGCACGGCCAAUGCAGCCGGUACCACAUAUUACUUCAACUACGAAAAGCUACUCUCCGAAAGUGAUUUCGCCGAUCCCGUCUGGAUCAACAUACCCGGCAAUACCCUCGCCGACAUCCAGAUAACCGCGGAAUAUAUCGCGUACGCGAUCAACUACAUUUCCGGUAUCUCCCAAGACACCAAGAUCGGGGUGAUCGCCUGGUCGCAGGGGAGCCUAGACGUCCAGUGGACGCUCAAGUAUUGGCCAUCGACUCGGGACUCGGUCGAUGAUUUUUUGGUGAUUAGCGGCGAGUUCCACGGCUCCCUUUCGGCGGAACCGUGCUUGGUGCAGAGUUCUCUAUGCACACCUGCGAUCAGGCAGCAAGGCUACGACUCCAAUUUUAUCAAGACGCUCCUGGCUGAAGAUGGAGACUCGGCGUAUGUACCGACGACGAGUGUGUACUCCGGUAUCGAUGAGCUUGUUGCCCCACAGGUUGGUCCGAAUGCGUCGGCGCGCUUGAAGGAUGUGCGCGGAGUUGGCGUCACUAAUACGCAGAUCCAGCUGGCCUGCCCCGGUUUGCCUGCUGGCACUUUUUAUACUCAUGAUCCCAUGUUAUUCAACCCGCUUGUUUAUGCGCUGUUUGUUGAUGCACUGACACAUGAGGGGCCGGCGGAUCUGUCCCGGGUUGAUUUGGACACUGUGUGUAAUCAGAUCCUCGCUCCGGGGCUUGUGUUAACGGACCUGCUCGGCACGGAGGUGGAGGUAUAUGUUUAUAAUGUUAUUGAUUUCAUGUCUUUCGGAUAUAUGGGAUCCAGUGAAGAGCCGCCUAUUAAGGACUAUGCUCGCAUGUCCUCCUGA